AUGGAAUCUAACUUCAAAAUAGAGUGCUUUAGACAUAAAAUAUUGGGAAAUAAGUUAUGCAUAUUGGAAGUUACUUCUGAUAAAAUUAUAAUUACAAAUGUUUCAGACUCGCCUAAUAAGAGAAAUGAAUUAGACAUAAAUUAUAAUUUAUUUGUUGAUUUUAAAGUCAAGAAAAAAUAACUCCAUGCAAUUGGCUUGACAACAAAUAAGCAUCAUUGGUAUUAUGCAAACCAUGAAAAUUUGUUCAAUUUAAAAUAAAUUAUAGGAGCAAGAGUGGUCUUUAAAGGAAUAAACACUAUAUAUAAUCCCUUAUAAUAGAUUGGUCAAGGAACCUUCUCCAAUGUUUACUUAUUACAAAGUAAAAUCAACACCCUUGAAUAUUAUGCUUGCAAAUGUUUAGACAAAGCACAAGUGAAUGAUUAAAUUGGCAGAUAAGGAUUGUUUGAAGAAAUAUAAGCGAUGGUGGCAUUGAAACACUCAAAUAUUGCAGAACUUUUGGAAGUAUAUGAAGGCGAUGUUUCAUAUUACAUGGUAAUGCAGUAUUAUGAUCUUGAAUUUACCGACAUUCUAAAAGAACUGAACAUUGAAGACAUUCACAUUAUAUUCAAGCAAUUAGUGACAGCUGUAAAUUUCAUGCAUGAAAAAGGCUACAUGCAUAGAGAUUUAAAACCAGAAAAUAUUAUGUUUUAAGAUAGUAUAUACUAAUUGAAACUCAUUGAUUUUGGACUGACAACUAAAGAUUCAGGCAGGUCAAAGUGUGGAACACCUGGUUAUGUUGCUCCUGAAAUCCUGAAUCUUGACACAAAGAUUAAUGAAUAUAAUGAAAAAUGUGACAUUUUUUCAUUAGGAGUAAUAUUCUAUAAGAUGUUGGCUUAGCAUGACCUAUUUAAUGGGGCAAAUCAUGAGGAGAUUUUAGAAAACAAUGCUAGAUGCAACACAAAUUUUGAAAUUUUAAAUGGAAAUUAGAAAAUUCCAAAAUAAGCAAUAGACCUAUUGAAACUGAUGCUUUAGAUCGAUCCCACAUUGAGAAUUGAUUCAAAAUCUAUUUUACAGCAUUAGUAUUUUUCCGUUGAAGAACAAGCUCACAAUAAUACAAUUAAUAGCGCUAAUCAACUUUCUAGAAAGCAUUCAUCAGUGUUGAAGAUCCUAUCCCCCUUAUAAAAGAAGAACGGAAUUUUUAAUUCUCCUUUUUCUGUUCAUGAGGAGGAUUGCAUAGAAAGUGAGGCUUCGAUGUAACCAAUUCCCACAGUGGUAAUGAAAGGAGGGUCGGUGCAAGAAAUAGUAAAAUCAAGGACACCAGGGAGAAUUAGAAAGCUGAGCAAAGAGACGACCAAAAAAUAUCAGACUACUGAUUUUGAGGAUAUAGUUUUAGAAAUUAAAUAGAGUAAUUAUAGGCCACCGAAGCCUAGUUAGUUAUCAGAAAUGUAUAAUAAAUGA